GUGGCCGGUUUAAGUGGAAGCUAUGGCCAAACACCAUCCGGAUUUGAUUUUUUGCCGCAAGCAGGCUGGUGUUGCCAUCGGAAGACUGUGUGAAAAAUGUGAUGGCAAGUGUGUGAUCUGUGACUCCUAUGUGCGUCCCUGUACCCUGGUGCGCAUAUGUGAUGAGUGUAAUUACGGCUCUUACCAGGGACGCUGCGUGAUCUGUGGAGGCCCCGGAGUCUCCGAUGCCUAUUACUGUAAGGAAUGCACCAUCCAGGAGAAGGAUAGAGAUGGUUGCCCAAAGAUUGUCAAUUUGGGGAGCUCUAAGACUGAUCUCUUCUAUGAACGCAAAAAAUAUGGCUUCAAAAAGAGGUGAUUGCCGGUGGUCCCUUCCUCCCCACAUCAAGCUGCUGCAGCUGCCAGAGUAGAUACCCAGCACCACCAGAAGAAAGGCAGUGGAGCCCAGAAUAUCACCAGACUUGCCUGUUAGGAUACUGGCACCCUUCCAGCCCCUUCCUCUCCCCUCACCCAGACAUGUGGUAGGAACAGAAAAGGAUUCUUCGUAGACCACUCUGGCAGACUGUCUCAGAGAUAAAUUAAUAGAUUAGUUCAUGGUUUUUCUUGAUUUGAGACACAAGCCUCUGUACUCCACAUGGAUGUGUUCUCUCUACAUCAAGAGCCUCUAAAAGAGGAAUAAUAGCAUUCAUCUUCUGUUUGGGGAGUUGCCUAUGAAGUAUCCUCACUACCACAGUGGGAAACGUGACCUUAGAGCAGCCCUGAUGGCAGCUGCCCUUGAUGAAACAUCUUCGGGGUGUGGUGGGGAGCUAUCCGAACAAUAAAUACGAGAUUGGAUCUUGUAAAGCUUACCGGGUGGUGCUGGUUUCAUGUUAUUUUUCUUCUGAGAAAUUGGAAACCCUUUCUGUUGCUAUUGUAUUAAUAAAGUUAGUGUUUAUUUUCUGGUAGUCAGUCACCUUCCUCAUUUAUGUUUAACUCUAGAAAUUUAUUUUAGUCACCCAGGAAGGUGUGAUUCAAAUUAGAGGUAGAGGAAUUCAUUAAGCACUUGGUCAUCUUAUUGCUGCUGGAAUAAAUUCAAAACUGUUCAUGCCGUUUAUUAUGGAUAGAUAAACCAAAGUCAUUUUUGAAAACUUGCUGUUUUUAAACUGAAGCAGUGGCUCCCAGUAACAGUGAAGGGAAUGAGACAAAAUUAAAUCAAAUUGAUGAGUUAGGAGGACUCAGCUUACUUGCUUUGUUUUGUAAAGUUCUUAUUUACUCACAUUAAGGGGAUUUUUAUUUUGAGAAGGCUUGUAUUUUUUUAAGAAGAUUAACAAAUUAAUGGAAAACUCAUUUUCCUUACCCUAACUGGACUAUCUAAUUUCUGCAUGCUGAACCUUGAUGCCGCCGCAGUGGUUAAGAGCUACAGCUGCUAACCAAAAGGUUGGCAGUUUGAAUCCACCAGCCACUCUCUGGAAACUCUAUGGGGCAGUUCUGCUUUGUCCUGUAGGGUUGCUGUGAGUCAGCAUCAACUCGACAGCAGUGGGUUAGAGGUAAUGAGCAAGUUAUCCUUAAGAGACACAGUCAUAGUUGGAGACACCAGGUCAAGCAGGUCUUUGACACUGGGUCUUAAGGAGA